AUGCCACUGCGUCUCACCCGCGUCAUUCAAAGCAAAGUCCCCGCUUUCCCCCACGCGCGGCAACCAUUCCUCCGCGUCCCGCCAUCACACUUCUUCUCCUCCUGCCCCUCAGCGUCGAUCAAACCUUCCCUUGUACCUAGAAAAUCAAUUCUAGCCUUCCAAGCCCGCAAUAUGUCUUCCGCCCCUGCUAAGCGAGAGUUCCUCUGCAUCCUGCCCGAUAAGCCCGGUGCGCAGGCGAAGCGUCUUGAGGUUCGCCCUAACCACCUCGAGGGCGUUAAGCCACACGUUGCGUCCGGCACAAUUGUUGCCGCUGGCGCAAUGCUCAAUGCUCACCCCGCCGAUGGCGAGACACCCUCCUUCAAGGGAAGCAUGGUGAUGGCUGUUGCGGAGAAUGAGGCCCAGGUCCUUGAGCUGCUUAACAAUGAUAUCUAUACCACUACUGGUGUGUGGGAUAUGGAGAAGGCGCAGAUUAUUCCGUUCAAGUCUGCUGUUCGUCAGGCUUUGUAA